GGGAAGUUUGGUUCAUACAGACAGAGCGAAACACCGUGCCCUAUUUAAAAAAAAUCGUAUUUACAAACAAUGUGCCGAAUACCAUUAGCCAAUUUGACUUUCCAUUUGCUCUUCGCGAGAUAUUUCAACUUGUGCAUUGGUUCAUUCAGGUUAAACAAUGGCAUAUUCGAAAUCACAAGUACCUGACACAGCUCAGCACUAUUUGGUUUGUGGCAUCAAAGACUGUGAAAAGAACUGUCUGUUUUACUGCAAUCCUUGUCACCAACCUAUGUGUGAACAAUGCAGGGACGAACAUCAGAAGAGUCCAGAAACCAAGAACCAUGAAUUGGUCCCUUACCGGCACCGCAAAGAUCAUCUUCCAGUAGAGAAAUGCAGAGAUCAUCCCACUAAGGAUCUAGACAUUCUCUGUGACCAAUGCAGUGUGCCUUUAUGCUCCAAGUGUUCUACAAUGCCUGUCCACAAUGGACAUUCCUUUACCGACUUGGAGACCAUAUAUACAGAAAAUUCUGCAGCAUGUCGUCAAGAAAUCCAAAAUAUUCGAGCUUACUUCAUCCCCAUGGCAAAAGAUUUGCAAAAUGAAAUAAAAAUAGAUGCCACAAAAAUAAAGACAAUCAUGGAUGGCAUAAGAUCAUCAAUGAUGGAUGAAGCCAAGUCUCUCAAGACACUGGUGGACGAAGUGACAUCAGAUAAUAUAGAACAAGUCAACAAAAUGGAAGAGUCACUAAAGGAGAUGCUUCAGAGUCAAGACAAAACAUACGAAGAUUACAUAUCUUACCUUAAAGACCUUGUUAAUCAGUUCUAUGGAUACCUGUCUUCUACUCAGUUUCAAAAUAAUGCCAUCAUUUUCCCACUUUCUGAAUACUUUAAAAUCCGACCCAUACCAGAGACCAUCAAACCAGUCCCUCCAGUAUUUACAGCUGGACGAUACAGCAAGGAGAUGGUUGCCAAACUACUGGGCAAAGUAACAGUUUCUAAGACUAAACCAGAAACCAGAAAAGUAAAAGCCAUGGAGACUGCUUCUAAACACUUGAAACCUACAAGGCUACAGGGAAGAGAGAAAUAUGGCGUGAAACAGAGACUGUCUUCCUCUGUCACCAAGGUUAGGGAGUACACAGUACCAGGUGUUGACAGAGUACACCAUAUAUCACAAGGCAAAUCAAGCUCACUCUGGGUCAGUGAUUAUUGUAGUAACAUUGUCCAAACAGAUCUACAGGGCAAUCAGCUACAAAAGAUAAAAACCAGUGGUGGAAGAUAUGUAGGGAACCUAACAGUCACACAGGAAGGGGAUGUUAUUUAUGCAGACAAAGUCAACAAAGUCAUCAAUAGGAUAACACCGGAUAAAACCAUCACUGAAUUCAUUAAAACGGGAGACUGGACGCCACUCAGCAUACACUCCUCCCAUAUCAAUGGGGACAUUCUGGUGGGGAUGAUAAAGGAAGGAAAGGGUAAAGUCACCAGGUACAAGACAGGGAAAGAAAUACAGAACAUAGAGAGGGACAACAAAGGACAGGAAUUGUAUAGUUAUCCACACUACAUCACAGAAAAUAUUAAUGGUGAUAUCUGUACAUCCGAUUCAAUCAAACAGGCUGUAGUGGUGGUGAAUAAAUCAGGACAACACAGGUUCUCCUACACAGGCCAGGGGUCAGUGUCUUAUCCCCGAGGAGUGUGUACUGAUCGCCUUGGACACAUACUGGUGUGUGAUAUUCACAGUAACACAGUUGAUCUUUUGGAACAUGACGGUCAGUUCUUGUGUGUACUUCUCACAAAACAACAAGGAGUGUUGUCUCCCUGCAGUGUAUGUGUGGACGAUGAGCAAAAUCUUUAUGUUGGACAAUGGAAAACCAACACCGUGACAGUGUACAAGUAUCUACAGUGAUAAUGCAAUGUUACACUAACAACAUGAUGAUACUGUUUACAUGAACUACUGUAGGAGGUUUUACUGUGAAGAUAUUUACCAUCAGAUCUACAUAUAAUUUUAAUAUAUGAUUUGUUUGGUUGUAAACAAUUAUUCAUUAAAAUAGAAUG